UUUACGGAUUUUUCUUACGUACCAUUAAUUACGGGACACCCUGUAUCAUACAUUUACAAGUCGGUCCAAACCGGAAGUGCCUGUCUGUAAUUUCCAAACAAAUGUUUUCUCAAUCGCUCAUCUAAAACACGAAUAGUUAAAGAUUUUUUGUCUUUCUGUUUGUCCAGGUUAAUCUCAAAAGCGGCUGAAUUGAUUUUAAUGAGGCUUUCACUGGAAGAACCAAGAAUUUAUUUUAUCCAGAAUUAUCAAUGGUUCCCGCGAGAUGAGGAUGACAUUAAUGAACCGUCGGAGAGUGUAACGGAACCUUCACUCCCCACCACUCAACCCCUCUCCCAGCGCGCAAUGCGUGCAGCGGCGCGUCGCGCAGCCGCUUCGAAGUUUGGAUCAAAGUUUGGAUCGUGCCGCGAUGCAAGAACCAGCUCAUGACUAAGGGCCCCGUAUGGGUUCAAAACUAGUCUGGCAUACUCCGACCUAAUAUCACAUUCACCCAGUUCAGAAGGAAGCAGUAAAACACCCUACAAUAUAAAGAUAAACAUAAAAAUGGAUGAACCACAGCAGAAUUCUCCAACAGAAUACUUGAUCAUACCCAAGAAGGAACUUCUAGAUGUGGAGGUCACUUAUGAGAGAGAAAAUGGAGAAAUAGACGACUUCAUCCAACCCAAAGAGGAACCCGAUAGCCUAGAUAACUCUGAAACUGAACAAGAGUUAGAUCCGUUAAUUUCUGUUAAAGUAGAGCCAUGUGACUCUGAAGUGCAUGUCGUAAAGAAUGAAGAUGAAGUGACGUCGCCUCAAGAUGCUGACUUGUGUCACCGAGUGAUGAUACAUAGUGUAAAAUCAGAACCUGUCGAAGACAUUGAAGCACCUCUCAGCGACCAACCAUCUUACCCCUCACCGAGCACCCACCAGUCUGCCCGGACCCCGCACACUCAGAAACCGUUCGCCUGCCUCCACUGCGAGACACACUUCCAAUACAAGUACAAACUGGAGCGACACAUGAGGAUCCACUCUGUUGAGAAGCCCUUCGCCUGUGAGCAGUGUCUGUCUAGCUUCAGACAUAAGAACAAUUUAACAGAACACAUGAAGAUACAUAUAGGAGAGAAACCAUUCUUCUGUGACGUUUGUGAUGCGAAGUUUAUAAGGAAAUAUGAUUUAACGGGUCACAUGAGAUCUCACACUGGGGAACGGCCAUUUGUAUGUACGCUAUGUGAUCAUACAUUCACUUUGAGACACCAUUUAACUGAUCAUAUGAAGGUGCAUUCAGGUGAAAAGCCGUUUGUAUGUCCUAUAUGUAAAGCUAUGUUUGUAAGAAAGUAUGAUUUGACAAUGCACUCGAGAUUUCACUCCGGAGACAAGACAUAUUCGUGUGAACAUUGUUCUAAAACAUUUGUUCGAAAAACGACUUAUAAAGUACACAUGAGAAGCCACACUGGCGAGAAACCGUACACCUGUGAUAUAUGCCAGGCGAAGUUUCCCAACAAGCAGAACUUGGGGGGCCACAUGAGAACCCACACUGGUGAAAAACCCUUCAACUGUGACAUUUGUAACGCAGGGUUCACCCACAAGCAGGGUUUGACCGUACACAAGAGAACCCACACUGGCGAGAAGCCGUUCUCCUGCGAACUGUGCGACGCCAAGUUCACCGUGAAACAGAGUUUGCAAAGCCACAUGAGAACCCACACUGAUGAACGAUCCUUCCACUGCGAUCAAUGCAAAGCGACGUUCAAACACAGCAAGAGUUUGAGAACUCACAAACGUACGCACAAAAAUAAAACAAACCAAAGUGAUAAUAAUACAGACAAAAAGAUCUCAUGUUUAAUAUGUCAAGCGGAGUUCAAACAGAAAAUAAGUCUAGCGAUACACAUGAGAGUUCACACUGGUGAGAAGCCCUACCCCUGCGAGUUCUGCAGUGAGAGGUUCUCAACGAAGCAGAGUCUAGCGAGCCACGCGAAGGCACACACGAGCAGCUCGCCGCACCGCUGCGUGUCGUGCUCGGCGCGCUUCAAGCACCGGCACAGUCUGGCUGCUCACGAGCGCACUCACUCGGGCGAGCUGCCGCACGCGUGCGCGGUGUGCGGCGCCAGGUUCGCGCGGCGCUGCAACCUCAUGCGACACAUGAUGACGCACAGCGCGUAGAUGUUGACUAUUUCUCUUUCUUUCAGCUGGUGGGAGGCUUCGGCCGUGGCUAGUUACCACCCUACCGACAAAGACGUACCGCCAAGCGAUUUAGCGUUCCGGUACGAUGUCGUGUAGAAACCGAAAGGAGUGUGGAUUUUCAUCCUCCUCCUAACAAGUUAGCCCGCUUCCAUCUUAGAUUACAUCAUCACUUACCAUCAGGUGAGAUUGUAGUAAAGGACUAACUUGUAAAGAAUAAAAAAAAAAAAAAAUUUGUUACAACACUGAAAUAUAUGAAAGUUUUGGUUUAUUGCCUUAGAGAUGUUUAUUUGUAUUUUUAUUAACUACUUUUGUAAAUUAAUUUUUUAUUUCAUGCAUGCACAUCAUCUGUUACAUGAUUCUUUAUGGAAAUAAAAAGACUAUUAUUAUUUA